AUGUUGACGACGUGUCGUGUUGCUCAGCACCACUUCAAUCUCAAGCGACUCCUACCGAGCGAACGCGCUGCUGGGCUUGGACUGCUCCGGCUACAUUCGCGAACACAAUGUCCAUCACGUGAAAGACGAUGCUUCAGCAUCACGAGGCACCAGCGACAGGAUUUAACUAGCGAGGCACCGUCGCCAUCUCUUGAGCCCCCAAGACAUAUCAGGGACGAUGCGACCGCAUUCGCGAGAUCCCUACCAGUUGUCUGCCCUGGGUGCGGAGGUCUGAGCCAGACUGUGGAACUAGAGGCACCAGGCUACUACAGUCAGAAGCAGAGGAACAUCAAAAGGAGGAAGGCCGAAGAUGAGGAUAGCAUCUUUCAGCAGGCAAUGUCGCGUCUAUCCGGAGGCGAUGAUGCAUCCGCGAAAGAACUACCGACAAGGCCAGAUCGAGAUGCGAACCAAAGCUCAGACAUAUUGAUAUGUGAUCGAUGUCACGAUCUCGUACAUCAGUCGAAAGGCAACUCUAUUCUGCAUCCUUCUAUGCAGUCAAUACAAGCCAUCAUCGAGUCAAGUCCACACAAGCACAAUCACAUCUACCACGUACUCGAUGCAGCCGAUUUUCCUCUGUCGCUCAUUCCGAACCUCAUGUCCACCCUGAAACUUCCCCGUCUACGAUCCCAGAACCGGCGCUCGAAGACCAUGAAUCAUGCCCACGGCCGUCAAGCAGAUGUGUCAUUCAUCAUCACGCGCUCUGAUCUGCUAGCGCCACAGAAGGAACAGGUCGACCGCAUGAUGCCAUAUCUGCAGGACGUUCUGCGAGAUGCUCUUGGUCGGACGAAAAGAAACCUGCGGCUGGGUAACGUACGCUGCGUCAGCGCAAAGCGAGGAUGGUGGACGCCACAAGUCAAGCAAGAAAUAUGGGAUCGAGGCGGUGCUGGUUGGGUUGUUGGCAAGGUGAAUGUGGGCAAAAGUGCACUGUUCGAGGUUGUCUUCCCGAAAGGGCGUGCAGCGGUGGGCGUCAAGGACACCAAGCUUCUGGCAAUGUUAGCUCCUGGUGCCUCCAAGGCUGAAGUUGAGGAUGCAGCGGCCGCGGAGCAGGAUUUGUCUGCGGCUGAGAAUGUUGCACUGUCUGCGUCCGCAGGACGCCAACUGCCGACAGAGGACAUUAGCCCGACAGGAGUCAAGGAAUCUUCUGAUGUCUCAGCUGCGGCGAGUGAGCAGGCGACGAUCUCGAAAGACGUUGAUGAGGAAGCAGACCUGGACGAUGAAGAGAGCACGUCUCUGCUCCCGCCUGUUCAGCCCGAAAGACAGUAUCCUCAAAUGCCGAUUGUAUCAGCUCUUCCUGGCACUACUGCCUCGCCAAUUCGAGUUCCAUUUGGCAAGGGCAAAGGCGAACUAAUCGAUCUGCCGGGGGUGCAGCGCAGCUCAAUGGAGACUCACAUUCAGCCCAAGCACGUACCAGCUUUGGUGAUGAAGAGCAGAGUCAUCCCUGAGCAGCACACGCUAAAGGCUGGUCAAUCACUACUGCUAGGCGGCAUUAUUAGACUAACGCCGAAGACUGAAGGUGUCACCUUCUUGGCUUAUGCAUUCACACCACUGAGAGCACAUGUCACUGGCGACCAGAAGGCUGUGGCGAUCCAGACUGGACUCUACGAAGAUGGCACACUCUACACGGGCACUGUCGAGAACAUCGCCACUGACAAGGCCAAAGGACGUAUAAAGAGCGCAGGAACUUUCCAGCUGGCGUGGGAUGUCACCAAGAAGCGAGCAGGCCCAUUGACAGACAGGGCGGCCGGCAAGCAGAAAGCGGAGAACCUUCCAUUCAUCGUAUACAGUGCAGACAUAUUGAUUGAAGGCGUGGGCUGGAUAGAGCUGGUCUGUCAAGUGCGAAAUCGACGGAAGAGCUUGAUACCAGAUGCUUUGACUGCUGAGCUCGGCGACAAUUCACCUGAGAAAGAAGCUCUACCUGAAGUGGAAGUUUUCACACCAAAAGGCAAGUUCAUCGGCAUACGUCAGCCCAUGAACGCCUGGUUGAUCGCAGGCCAGAAGAAAGUCGCCAAACACGCUCAGCGAUCCCGACCCAGAAUGAGCAUUUCCAUGCGGAAGAGAAAAGAAGGUGGCGGCAGAAGCACCUCAGCCAACGUCACACCCACAUGA